AUGUCUUCAAAAUCAUCAAAUGAUAACUUGGCUGGUUUAGCUCAAGAUAAUGCUAUUACAACACCUUCAUCAGGUGAUUCAACUUUAAAAGAUUCUUCUCAUAAAAGAACAAGUUCAAGUGGAUCUCAUGCUAGUGCAAAUGGUUCCACUACUGGUAGUGCUAAUGGUACUAAGACAGGUACUGGUAAAAGAAAAUUUCAUAAUAAAUCUAAAAAUGGUUGUGAUACAUGUAAAAAAAGAAGAGUUAAAUGUGAUGAAAAUAAACCAAUUUGUAUUAAAUGUCAAAAUAUGGGUAUUGAUUGUAAUUAUAGUAUACCAGUGAGGAAAACAAAGGCUAAAUCUGUUUCAAAUUUGAAAAAAUCAUCUUCACCAAAUAUCGAUAAUUCUUCUUUAACAAAAGAUCAAAAUAUUUCAACUUCACCUGAAAAUUUUAAAAGUCCAAUAGUUAAUAGAGCUGAUUUAUCAAAUGAUUCAUAUAUAAAUCAUUUGAAAAAAGAAUCUGAAACUUAUACAAUUGAAGAUUAUGAACAACAUUUCCAACAAGCUCAUCAACAUCAACUUAAUAAUCAUAAUGAUUCAAAUGAUGAAAAUCAUCAUCAUCAACAUAAUAGUUCCAAUCAACAUUCAGUACAUCAUAACCAACAAGAACAACAACUACCACAACUUUUACAGCAACUUCCACAACAUCUUCAACAACAAAUACCAAGUCAUUUACAUAAAUUACUUCAACAACAUCCAGAAAUUACAUUCCCAACUUUCACAGUAAAAUCACCAACAAUGGAUCAAGCUUCCCUUAAUGUAAGAAAUCAAAUGUUGACAGAUCAUACUCCAUUAUCAAGAAAUAAUUUAUCAAUAAAUUUACAUUCAAUGAGUAAUAAUCCAACAAUUUCACCUCAACCAAGUAUGUCACCAGGUUCUGUAACUUCACCAUUAUCAACUCAUCAACCUUUAAAUGGUCCUGCUAUACAAAGUCAAAUUCCAUCAGCUUUAGGAACUUUUACAUCACCAACUGCUUUAAAUAUGUUAGAUUUAAGAUUAAUGUAUCAUUAUACAACAGUUGUUGCACCAACAAUUACUACAGCUGGAAUAUCAGAAGAAAAAAUUUGGAGUGAAGAUAUACCACAAUUAGCAUUUAAUUAUCCAUUUUUAAUGCAUUCAAUCUUGGCAUUUUCUGCAACUCAUUUAUCAAGAACAAUGAAUGGAUUAGAAAAUUGUGUAACAAGUCAUCGUGGUGAAGCUUUAAGAUUAUUAAGAGAAGCUGUACUGGAAAUUUCUUCAGAUAAUACAGAUGCUUUAGUUGCAUCUGCAUUAAUUUUAAUUAUGGAUUCUUUAGCAAAUGCUUCAUUACCAACUUCAUUAUCACCAACUUCAUUACCUGCUUCUGCAUGGAUUUUCCAUGUUAAAGGUGCUGCUACUAUAUUAACUGCAGUUUGGCCAUUACCUGUUACAUCAAGAUUUCAUAAAUUUAUUUCAGUUGAUUUAAGUGAUUUAGGUGAUAUUAUAAAUGAAAAAAAUGGAUCAAUAUCAGAAUUAGUUUGUUUUGAUGAUUCAAUUGCAGAUUUAUAUCCUGUUGAAUAUGACUCACCAUAUUUAAUAACUUUAGCAUAUUUAGAUAAAUUACAUAAGGAAAAAUUUAAAUCAGAUUUUAUCCUUAGAAUUUUUGCAUUCCCUGCAUUAUUGGAUAAAACUUUCUUAGCUUUAUUAAUGUCAGGAGAUUUAUCAGCAAUGAGAAUUAUGAGAAGUUAUUAUUCUUUAUUAAGAGGUUUUACAACAGAUAUGAAGGAUAAAGUUUGGUUCUUGGAAGGUGUUUCAAAAGUUUUACCAGUUGAUGUUGAUGAUUAUAGUGGAGGUGGUGGUAUGCAUAUGAUGUUGGAUUUCCUUGGAGGUGGAUUACCUUCAAUGACUACAACUAAUUUAGCACCUGGAUUAAAUAUUGAUAUAAAUGAUCAUUUUAUGAAUCCAUGA